CGCUCCGGGCUGCUGAGAGCUGAGGGCGGUGGCAGCGCUGGCGCUAGGGACCGGCUCGGUGGCUUCGGGAAGCAGCUCGGCGACGGCGGCCGCUCGCGUUCCUCCGCAUCCCGGCCUCGGCACGGCUCGCAGCCCCUUUGCCACCGGCGUCCGGCAAUGUGUCCCACCGGCCAGGCGUAGCAGCUGCGCGUGCGCGGAACCGCGGGGCCAUGAGCGAAGCCGGAGGCGGCCGGGGCUUUGGGUCCUCGGUCCCCCAGCGAGCGCCAUGGAGCCUGGUGGCGGCGACGGCCGCGCUCUGCCUGGUGUCGGCCACGUCCGUGUGGACGGCGGGGGCCUCGCCUAUGAGUAGGGAGGAGAAACAGAAGCUUGGGAAUCAAGUACUGGAAAUGUUUGAUCAUGCUUAUGGUAACUACAUGGAACAUGCGUACCCAGCUGAUGAACUCAUGCCUUUGACCUGCAGAGGUCGAGUUAGAGGCCAAGAGCCAAGUCGGGGUGAUGUUGAUGAUGCCUUGGGAAAAUUUUCCCUGACACUGAUUGAUUCUUUGGACACUCUUGUGGUAUUAAAUAAAACUAAAGAAUUUGAAGAUGCGGUGAGAAAAGUUUUAAGAGAUGUUAAUUUAGAUAAUGAUGUAGUUGUAUCAGUCUUUGAAACAAACAUCAGAGUUCUUGGGGGUCUUUUGGGUGGACACUCAUUGGCCAUCAUGCUGAAAGAAAAAGGCGAGUACAUGCAGUGGUACAAUGAUGAACUUCUCCAAAUGGCAAAGCAAUUGGGUUACAAACUUUUACCAGCUUUCAAUACUACCAGUGGCCUUCCUUAUCCAAGAAUUAAUUUAAAGUUUGGUAUCAGAAAACCGGAAGCUCGGACAGGAACUGAAACAGAUACCUGUACAGCUUGUGCAGGUACCUUGAUCCUUGAGUUUGCUGCUUUAAGUCGAUUCACAGGAGCAACGAUAUUUGAGGAAUAUGCAAGAAAAGCUCUUGAUUUUCUCUGGGAGAAAAGACAGCGAAGUAGUAAUUUAGUGGGCGUGACUAUAAAUAUUCAUACUGGAGAUUGGGUACGAAAAGACAGUGGAGUUGGAGCAGGGAUUGAUUCAUAUUAUGAAUAUCUGUUGAAAGCCUAUGUCUUGCUUGGAGAUGACAGCUUUCUGGAAAGAUUUAAUACACACUAUGAUGCCAUAAUGAGGUACAUAAGCCAGCCACCUCUUCUACUUGAUGUGCAUAUCCACAAGCCAAUGCUGAAUGCUCGGACUUGGAUGGAUGCUUUGCUUGCCUUUUUUCCAGGUUUGCAGGUCUUAAAGGGGGAUAUUAGACCUGCUAUUGAAACUCAUGAAAUGUUAUAUCAGGUGAUUAAAAAACACAAUUUUCUACCAGAGGCAUUUACCACAGAUUUCAGGGUGCAUUGGGCUCAACAUCCUUUAAGGCCAGAAUUUGCAGAAAGUACCUACUUCUUGUAUAAAGCUACAGGAGAUCCUUACUACCUUGAAGUAGGGAAAACACUUAUUGAAAAUUUAAAUAAAUAUGCUAGAGUGCCUUGCGGAUUUGCUGCCAUGAAGGAUGUUCGUACUGGAAGUCAUGAGGACAGAAUGGAUUCCUUCUUCUUGGCCGAAAUGUUUAAAUAUCUUUACCUGUUAUUUGCGGAUAAAGAAGACGUUAUUUUUGACAUAGAAGAUUACAUUUUUACAACAGAAGCUCAUCUGUUACCUCUUUGGCUCUCUACUACAAAUCAAAGACUCUCUAAGAAGAACACAACUUCAGAAUAUACGGAACUGGAUGACAGUAAUUUUGAUUGGACUUGUCCAAACACUCAGAUUCUCUUCCCUAAUGACCCACUGUAUGCUCAGAGCAUCCGUGAACCCUUGAAAAAUGUGGUGGACAAGAGCUGUCCUCGAGGCAUCAUCAGAGUCAGAGAGGAGAGUUUCAGGAGUGGAGCUAAACCCCCUCUGAGAGCCAGAGAUUUCAUGGCCACUAACCCUGAGCAUUUAGAAAUCUUGAAGAAGAUGGGGGUGAGUUUGAUUCACCUCAAAGAUGGAAGAGUCCAGUUGGUUCAACAUGCAAUCCAAGCUGCUAGUUCAAUUGACGCAGAAGAUGGGUUGAGGUUUAUGCAGGAGAUGAUUGAAUUGUCAAGUCAACAACAAAAAGAACAGCAGCUACCUCCACGAGCUGUACAAAUUGUUUCUCACCCAUUUUUUGGCCGGGUAGUAUUAACUGCUGGUCCAGCUCAGUUUGGGCUAGAUCUGUCUAAACAUAAAGAGACAAGAGGAUUUGUUGCCAGCAGUAAACCGUACAAUGGUUGUUCAGAGCUUACUAACCCUGAGGCAGUGAUGGGAAAGAUUGCUUUGAUACAAAGAGGACAGUGCAUGUUUGCAGAAAAGGCACGCAACAUCCAGAAUGCUGGAGCCAUUGGUGGCAUUGUUAUCGACGACAAUGAGGGGAGCAGCAGUGAUACUGCCCCUCUGUUCCAGAUGGCAGGUGAUGGAAAGGACACAGAUGACAUCACGAUCCCCAUGCUGUUCUUAUUCAGUAAAGAAGGAAGUAUCAUAUUGGAUGCCAUCCGGGAAUAUGAGGAGGUAGAGGUGCUCCUUUCUGACAAAGCAAAAGAUCGAGAUCCUGAGAUGGAAAAUGAAGAACAACCAUCCUCUGAAAAUGAUUCUCAGAAUCAGAGUGCUGAACAGAUUGCAUCAAGUUCUCAGGAGGUUGAUUUGGUUGAUCAGGAGUCUCCUGAGGAAAGUCCUCUAAACUCUCACCCAGAAUCUUUGUCUCCAGCAGAUACGGACAAUGCUGCAAGCAUUUCUCCUUCUGAACAGAAUUCUAAUCCCACAGAAAACCAUGAGACUACAAGUCUUGAUGGUGAAUGUACAGAUUUAGAUAACCAACUUCAAGAACAAUCAGAAACUGAGGAGGAUUCCAAUCCUAAUGUUAGCUGGGGUAAAAAGGUCCAACCUAUAGACUCCAUAUUAGCAGACUGGAAUGAAGAUAUAGAAGCAUUUGAAAUGAUGGAGAAGGAUGAGCUCUGACUCACUAAAGUCUACCUGGUGGUAGGUAUUUCAAAAGAAAAGGUAAACUGUGGAUAAUAGAUACCCUGAUACUAAGCAGGCUCUCUCAUGGGAGGCUCUAAGUAUGGUGAUGAACAACCACGUUCUGACUGGGAGAGUUAGUUAUCAUAGGAAUCUGGAACAUGCUGUGUUAGAACUGACCUUGUUUAUAACUGUCCCAUCAAAAAUGCAAACUCACAGUUUCCCCCUCAGGUGAUAGCAUUGCACCACCCUGCUGCAUCUCAGGCCAGGAAAAGAUUAUUGGGCAUUUCUAGGAACCAGAUUUCUGCACUCUCUAGAUGGUAGAUAAGAAACAAAUUCAGUUAACUGUGAGGUGGGGAAUACAAAUUUGUACAGCUUUCUAAUUGAAGGAAGCUCUCGGUUUUCUUGGUUUUGGGGUUAGAGGCCCUUUGGGGAAAACACAUAGGAGUAUUUUGGGCAUUCUGGUUAUGCUGCCUUCACAGAAACACUCAAAAGUGACCUAAGUGGUUAUGAAGCAAAUACAUUCAUGGUGAAAACAGUCUUUGCUCAUCAUUUUCACUUGCUUCAUUGUGUAACAUGAUCAAGAUGACUUGAUUUUUUUCCCCCUCUUUAACAGUAUCCAUCCUUUUCAUUUAAACCAAAGGUGAAGCCAGUGUACUUUCUCAGUGAGUUCUCUGCAUAAAGACUAAUCAUUGGGACCAGGUAAAAGGUCAUAUAUCGUGGAAAUUGGUUACUUAAUACUUUUGAAAAAUGGAGCAAGGGAGAAACUAUAAUGUUGCAAUAUGAACUUGCCAUGGGGCCUUCCGUAAGGAAAGCUGUGACUACUCUGAAAUGGAACUUAAAGUUAUAUCUUUGUAGGGUAAAUUAUAAAUCUUUUCCAGUUCAUUUCGUUGGAGGUGAUUACCUCUAGCCAUCAGCCUUACUCCAUCCCAUGUUUAGAAUGCAUUUUGAGCCACAAGGCCUAUGUUGCCAAUAGCUGAAUACAUUUUGUUCCAUUUUUCUAUCUUAGGGAGCCAUGAUAAAACUGUGGUAGUCUACGAUCUAAAAAUUCUGGAGUAACUACUAUUUUUCCUCCUUUGAAACUAGUUUCUAAAGUUGCACCUAAGGAGUCUGUCACAUUUUCUGUUGAAUCAUGGUUUUUAAGUUUGCUUUUUUUUUUAAACAAAUAUUCCUUCUGAUAUGGACUUGAAAAUUAGUCUAUGGUAACCUGUGUAAAAAACACAGUAGCAACUAACAUGUAGCCAUAUAGCUUACUGAGAAUUUUUUUUCCUUUGUGUGAGUGUGUGUGUGUGUGUGGGGGGGGGGGGG